UAUUAUAUAUACCCGUUAAAAGCUCCAUCUGUUUACACAGCCUUCUUAAACCCACCAAGAAUAUUGAUCUACUUGUUUCUAAUUCCAUUAGCUAAAUUAAGCAGAAAUCGAUGGCCACUGCUCUUGAUUUCAUCAACUACUGCUACCUCUUCUUUUUCUGGAUAGUUGCUACUCUUAUAUGGAGUUCUUUCGUAAGAACAUUAUCCAACUUUCGCUCCAAUAUUCGGCACCCACCAAGCCCACCUGCUCUACCCUUCAUCGGCCACCUUCAUCUACUGAGUUCCAAACUACCAAAAUCCUUUGAAACUCUAGCCAAGCGAUAUGGCCCUCUGAUGCAAAUAAGGAUCGGAGACACUAAUUUCCUUGUUGCUUCGGACGCGUCCCUGGCUAAAGAAAUAUUGAAGACCCAUGAUGUUGAUUUCGCCUCCAAGUACCAAUUUGGCGGCGGACAGAACUUGAUAUACAAAGAUCUAAGUUUUAUAAACUGUCCUUAUGGCACCUACUGGCGGUUCAUGAAGAAGCUUUGCGUGACAAAGUUGUUUGCAGGCCCACAGAUCGAUCGUUUCAUCCAUAUCCGAGAGCAGGAGACGUUGAAGCUCUUGAAAUCGCUCAUAAAUAGAGCUAGCAAGGCAGAAGCGAGCGAUUUGAGCAUGGAGCUGUCGACCUUGACGAACAAUAUGAUUUGCAGAAUGGCCUUGGGAAAGAAAUGGUCGGAAAAUCCUAACCUACCUAUGGAGAUUAAGAACUUGGUUAGAGCCAUAAUGGGGAGUGGUGCCAAGUUAGGUUUUUUGGAAAUUUUUGGCCCAUUAAGUAGAUUUGACAUCUCUGGAAAUGGGAAGAAGCUUAGAGACGCACUUUGGGCUUUUGAUAGGGUUUUGGAGCAGAUCAUGAAGGACUACGGAACAAUGGAGAUGAAGGAUGGUACUCGAGAAGGCGAGAAAGAUGUGAUGGACAUAUUGCUGGAGACGUAUAGAGACCCAAAUGCAGAGCUGAAGCUGACGAAAGAACAGAUCAGAUUUUUCUUCUUAGAGCUAUUUUUGGCGGGCGUUGACACUACAUCAGCAGCCGUUCAAUGGGUCAUGGCAGAGCUUAUCAACCAUCCAGAAGUGUUCAAGAAGCUUAGGCUGGAGAUUGAAUCCGUUGUGGGAUCCAGCAGGCUAGUCAAAGAGUCAGACAUUCCAAACCUCCCCUACCUCCAAGCAGUCGUUAAGGAAACCCUAAGAAUACACCCUCCCGGAGCGUUACUUCGAAGGCAAUGCAAUCAAGAUUGCAAGCUCGGUGGAUAUGAUGUAAAGCAGGGAACCAAGAUCUUGAUCAAUACCUAUACAAUCAUGAGGGACCCAAAAACCUGGCACGAACCAGACAAGUUCUUACCGGAGAGGUUCUUAAUGAAUUCCGCCGACAAUUUUGAGCUGGGAAACAAGGGCCAGGAUUUUAAUUUCCUACCAUUUGGUAGUGGAAGAAGAGCAUGCAUCGGUCAGCCUCACGCGUCAAUAGUGCUGCAUGCAACAAUUGGAUCCCUGAUCCGAUGUUUUGACUGGAAACUUCAAGAUGCAGAGAAGGUUGAUAUAAAAGUGGUGACGGGAUACGCAGGAGCAGUGGCACACUCUCUUAUGUGUUAUCCCAUCACACAUUUUGAUCCAUUUAAGGGUUAAAUAUUCCUGGGAUGGAUUGAAAGCUUGUUGUAUUUUGAUCUAAUUGAUGCAAUUAAAAUGAUCUUGAAGUGUCAAUGUAAAAUAAUGUUCUUCAAGUACUUUCGUGUGGCUGGCCUGUAAAAUAAGUAGUGGUUCCUAGCUAGCACUUCCAAAUUAAUGAGCGUGUUGCUAAUUA